AUGUGUUCAUCAAUAUUUAUAGCUGGUCAUAGUGAACAACAACAACGUACCGAAGAUCUUGAUAUGUUUCCUAUGAAAUAUGCAACGUUUACUGUAAAUAACACUGAUUUAUCAGUAAGUGCUUCGCUAUUUGGAUUCGCUCAACGUAAAGCUAUUUAUCGCCACGGACUCGGUGCAACAUUGAUUAGUGAAUUAACAGAAGACCAAAUUCAUGCGCAAACAUUCAAUAUAUCUAUACCACCUGAUAUAAACCAAGAUAAUAUACCAUGGCCUAUGGGUACUGAAUGCUAUUACAAUAGUGGUAACACAAAUAUAUUAUCACGUAUUAUCCGUCAUACAGUUGGUGAAAGUGAAUAUCAUUCGUUUCCAUACCAAAAAUUAUUUUAUAAGCUUGGUAUGAAUAGUUUUAUUAUGGAAGUUGAUGCAUCAGGCACUUUUGUUGGUUCAUCAUAUUCAUGGGGUACUGCUCGUGAUUGGUCACGAUUUGGUUUAUUAUAUUUAAAUAAUGGAUUGUAUAAUAAUGAACGGAUAUUAUCUGAAAAUUGGAUUAAACAAACAACUACACUAGCUGGUUCUAAUCAAUAUGGUGAAUAUGGAUUUCAUUUUUGGUUAAACACAGGUAAAACUAAUGAUUCGACAACACGACGAUUUCCAAACGUACCUACAGAUAUGUUUUAUGCAAGUGGUUUUGAUGGACAAUCUAUAUUUAUAAUUCCAUCUAAGAAAUUAGUAGUUGUUCGUCUUGGUUUAACAAAAUCACUCGAUGGAGAAUAUGGAGCAAAUGAAUUUUUAAAAAAUAUUAUUAGUUCAAUUCAAUAA